UUUCCCAUUGCAGGGUGUGCCAGCAUGGCUGUGACUGGUGGUAAACUGCUUGCUGGUGCUCUCAGACUCUGGCGUGUGCUUCAAGGGACAUCUCCACACAAACUCUGUGCUUCCUGCAAUCGAUACUUAUAUUUUUCCAGUACCAAGUUAAACACAUCAAAUUGUAAAACACUUUUCCGUAACAGUCUCCCUGCGAGACUUUUAGUAUCUCCAAAAUGUAUUUUUCCGUUUUCCAUACGACUCAAAAGCAAUAUCAGCUCCAAAAACUCCACUAAAAAGACUCUGCCAAAAGAUGCAGAUGAAGAGGACUCCGACGAGGAGACCCAUCACCCUGAGUGGGAGGAGGAGCAAGAAGAGGAGCUUGAGGGUGGCCCCGGUGUGGUCAAGGACUACAAAGACCUGGAGAAGGCGGUACAGUCUUUCCGGUAUGACGUUAUCCUGAAGACGGGCCUUGACAUUGGGAGAAACAAAGUAGAAGAUGCAUUCUACAAAGGCGAACUCAGGCUGAACGGAGAGAAAUUAUGGAAGAAGAGCAGAACGGUGAAGGUGGGAGACACGUUGGAUCUGCUCAUUGGAGAGAACAAAGAGACAGGGACAGAGGUCGUGAUGCGCAUUCUCCUGAAAACCGUCUAUGGCGAGAAGACGGAGAGUGACAAGCACCGAGUGCUGUUGCGAAGGUGGAAGAGCUUGAAGGUGCCAAAGAAGUCCAAAUAACCAGGCUUCUCCCCACGGCGGCGUCCCGGCUGUCAGGAAGGGCCCGCAUGAAAAGGACACUUUUACUGAGUCACUGGAGCGGUUUGUGGAAGCUGGGAUCCGAGGCUUUCCGCCUCUACUGUGCUUCUGAGAGUUCCCUUGUCUUGCAGAGACCGGG